CUGCACGGGAAGCUGCUCGUCCACAGCCACCCCCAGAGGGCCGCCAUCGACCCGGGAACCAACCUGAGAGGAGAGGGGGGGUCCACGGCCCCGCCGCCCGGUUCUGUCCCAGUUCUGGCUCGGUUCCAGCCUGGUUCUGGCUCGGUUCUGUCCCAGUUCUGGCUUGGUCUGUGCUUCAGGCUGUUCUACGUGAGUCCGGACCGGAGCUCCGGGCCGGUGGGGGGGGGGCAGCAGGUCGGGACCAUGCUGCCCAUGUUGUACCCGGGAAUCACCUCCCACCUGCAGAUGAGCCACAAGAGAGACCCCACAGGCUACUUCUGA